AAGCCCCCCAAAACCUUGGCUUGGUUAUAUAGAUCAUACAAGUUCUAUUGUUCAUAUAUCCUUGUGCUCUUGGCAAAAGCUUCCUUUACAAAUAUGGUUUCUUCCAUAAAGAAACUCCUACUUAUACUCGCCCUUAUCUAUUUCUCUUUCUACCAUGACGCGAUCAUCAUAACCAUCGCCGAUUCCACACCUGUUUAUGUACCCAAAGAGAAUAUCGCCCUCAACUGUGGCUCACAGGAGGAGCGAACUGCACAAGAUAACCGUACUUGGAUUGCGGAUCAUGAAAAAGAUUCUCGAUAUUCCCUCAUAGAAUCAGACGGACGAAACAAAUCGAAUAUCUUCGAAGCCCGCUCACAAUACACCGUCGAAGCGGUGCCGUACAUGACCGCACGUGUGUCUCGAUCCCAGUUCACCUACAGCUUCGGCCUCACCCCGGGUCCCAAAUUCAUCCGGCUACACUUUUAUCCCACACAAUAUCGCGAUCUGGGUGACUUUGAUCCCACAAGCACCUUCUUUACUGUCAAAGCCGGACGCUACACUCUGCUGAAGAACUUCAGCGCGUAUCUCAGCGCCGAAUCCUUGCAACCGCGGGCUUUCAUGAAGGAGUUCUGCGUAUACGUGGGAGAGAAUAUGGAAAAACUCGAUAUAGCUUUUCUUCCCGAAAAUCAUGGUAAUAGUACUUCCUACGUGUUUGUCAAUGGAAUCGAGAUCAUUGGCCAGGGGGCCAGUUUCCUCGACUACACCGACAAGGCGCUCCAGACACUUUACCGGUUGAACGUCGGCGGCAACGACAUCUCGCCUGAUCAAGACACUGGCAUGUACAGGUUGUGGACCCGAGACUUUCCUUACUUCAAGAGCUUGGGCUUUGCCCCCUGUGACACGAAAAAGAAGCUGAAGUACACUUAUAUAGAAAAUUACACUGCCCCUGAUGAUGUCUACCGAACCUCCAUCACCAUGGGAAACAACAGGACAUACAACAACCUCCGCAACAUCACCUGGAGGUUGCCCGUCGACUCCAGAUUCUACUAUCUGGUUAGGCUCCAUUUCUGCGAGUUUGAAGACACAUACCAGAAGCCCGAGGAUAGGAUGUUCCGAAUCUAUCUAGACAACCGCACGGCUGAUCCUGCUUUUAAUGGCAUUUUCGGAAUUCUAAUUAUGUUCCUCGCGGGACCAAACCCUCCACUACAGGACUCUAAGGGAUCCGACCAAACUCUGAAUCCAAACACAGAAAAUUCCAAGUCGAAGAAAACACUAUUGGCCAUUGCCUUAGGGAGUGGCGUUGCUGGCUUUGUUGUUCUACUGUCUAUGGUGUUCUGUGUAGUUUUCUUGAGGCUACGGAAGGAGAAACGCUACCACGGUUCGUCCAAAAGAAGAUCCAGCAGGUCGACGAAGACUUCCUCGGGGAGGCUUCCUGAGCAGGUUUGCCGUUGUUUCUCGCUUGCCGAGAUCAAGAUAGCGACCAACAAAUGUGACCAAGCGUUGGUGAUCGGCAGGGGAGGUUUCGGUUACGUCUACAAAGGUCAUUUGGCCGACGAAGCGUCCACAGUUGUUGCAAUCAAGCGGCUGAACAAGGGGUUAUCGGGCCAAGGAGAGAAAGAGUUCGAAGCGGAGAUUGAGAUGUUAUCUCAGCUCCGCCACGUCCAUUUGGUCUCCCUCAUAGGCUACUACGACGACGACGAUGAGAUGAUCCUCGUCUACGACUACAUGGCCAACGGGACUCUUCGAGACCAUCUCUAUGGCACGGACAACGACCCUCUCCCGUGGAAACAGCGUGGGCUGCACUACCUCCAUUCAGAAGUGAAGAACACCGUCAUCCACCGCGACGUCAAGACGACAAACAUAUUGUUGGACGAGAAGUGGGUGGCCAAAGUUGCCGAUUUUGGAUUGUCAAAACUCGGUCGCGGCGACAGCGCUGUUAGUACGGCGGUGAAGGGCACUUUUGGGUACAUGGACCCGGAAUACGCACAGAGCCGGCAACUGACGGACAAGUCCGACGUGUACUCUUUCGGUGUGGUUCUUUUCGAGGUGUUGUGUGCCCGUAAACCGGUGGAUGUCAAACUCGAAGAGGAUCAAAGAAACUUGGCACAAUGGGCAAGGAAGUCCAUAAAAGAAGGGAGGAUUCAGAACAUCAUAGACCCGUACUUGAUAGGCAAGAUUGCGCCGGAGUGUUUGAAGAAGUUCGUGGAGGUGGCGGAGAGGUGCGUCCGAGAUUAUUGGAGUCAACGGCCCACGAUGCAUGAGGUGAUGGAGAACUUGGAGUUUGUGUUGGAGCUGCAAGAGCAAGCGGACGCCACGCAGCUGGGGAAUAAUCCCGACGGGCUGUGUUCGUAUCCGGAGAAGCUGUCGUUCCAUCUGGUUGUGGAUAACGGUGGGUUCGGAAACGACGUGUUGGGGUUGCGAAGUGGGGCCGGUGUUACCACCACGGUGGGGUCCAACACCGCCGAAUCGGGCUUUCGUAGUCUGGACAGUGAAAGUGGCACCCUCGAAAUAUUCUCAGACGCCUCUAUUUCCAAAACCCAAGAAUGA